AAGUUUUCUCAGAGAGUCUUCUCCAAUCUCCAUUAUAAAAAAUGUGCGAAGAAACCAAGUUCAGUGUUCUGUGCAGCCUCUUCACAUGGAUUCAGAGGAGCAGAACCUCCGCCAAGAAGCGCUCCAAGUUCCGCAUAUUCCUCGACACCUUUUGCAUAAACGGCCACCAGUUCAGCGCCAUACGAUUGAUCCUCCCCAACCUCGACCGCGAGAGGGGCUCCUACGGCCUCAAGGAGUCCGUGCUCGCCACUUGCCUCAUUGACGCCCUCGGCAUGUCCAGGGAGUCCGAGGACGCCCUUCGCCUCAUCAACUGGCGAAAAGGGGGUGCUAAAACCGGCGCCAAUGCUGGAAAUUUUGCCAUGGUCGCGGCUGAAGUGCUGCAGCGCCGGCAAGGAAUGACUUCUGGUGGACUGACAAUCAAGGAGUUGAAUGAUUUGCUUGAUUGUUUAGCUUCAAGUGAAAAUAGAACAGAGAAGACUUCAGUCCUUUCUACCCUGAUCAAGAAAACAAAUGCACAGGAAAUGAAGUGGAUUGUCAUGAUAAUUCUGAAAGACCUGAAGUUGGGAAUCAGUGAAAAAAGCAUCUUCCAUGAAUUCCAUCCGGAUGCAGAGGACUUGUUUAAUGUCACAUGCGACUUGAAACUUGUUUGUGAAAAGCUCAAGGAUCGAAGUCAAAGGCAUAAACGCCAGGAUAUUGAAGUUGGAAAAGCUGUGCGACCCCAACUAGCUAUGAGAGUAGCUGAUGCAACUGCAGCAUGGAAGAAGCUUCAUGGGAAGGAAGUGGUUGUUGAGUGCAAGUUUGAUGGUGACCGCAUCCAAAUUCAUAAGAAUGGAGAAGAAAUACACUUCUUCUCAAGGAACUUCCUUGAUCACCCUGAAUAUAAAUAUGCAAUGUCAAACAUUGUUGCACAAAAUCUUUUGGUUGAUAGGUGUAUACUUGAUGGUGAAAUGUUGGUAUGGGACAUAUCGCUGAAUCGUUUUGCUGAGUUUGGUUCAAAUCAGGAAAUAGCAAAGGCAGCAAAGGAGGGGCUUGACAGUGAUCGGCAGUUGUGCUAUGUUGCUUUCGACAUUCUUUAUGUUGGAGAUACUAGUGUCAUUCACCAAACCUUGAAGGAACGGCAUGAGCUUUUGCAGAAAGUCGUGAAGCCUUUGAAGGGUCGUUUUGAAAUCUUAGUACCUUCUGGUGGUCUUAAUACUCACCGUCCUUCUGGGGAACCAUGUUGGUCACUUAUUGCUUAUGAUGUGGAUGAUGUCGAGAGGUUCUUCAAGAAAACUGUUGAAAAUAGAGAUGAAGGCAUUGUUUUAAAAGACCUUGGUUCAAAAUGGGAGCCAAGUGACAGGAGUGGAAAGUGGUUAAAGUUGAAGCCUGAGUAUGUUCAUGCAGGUUCUGACCUUGAUGUUCUUAUAAUAGGAGGGUAUUAUGGUUCUGGGCGUCGUGGAGGAGAGGUAGCUCAAUUCUUGGUGGGCCUUGCUGACCGUUCAGGCCCUGACACAUAUCCCAGACGAUUCAUUUCCUUUUGCAGAGUGGGUACUGGACUUUCUGAUGACGAGCUUGAUGCUGUUGUAACAAAAUUGAAGCCUUAUUUCAGGAAAAAUGAAUACCCAAAAAAGGCACCACCAAGCUUUUAUCAAGUCACAAAUAAUUCAAAAGAGAGACCAGACAUUUGGAUUGAUAGCCCUGAAAAAUCAAUUAUACUUUCUAUUACUAGUGAUAUCCGAACAAUAAGGUCUGAGGUAUUUGCUGCACCAUACAGCCUGAGGUUCCCACGCAUUGAUUGUGUGAGAUAUGACAAGCCUUGGCAUGAAUGCCUUGAUGUGCAAUCUUUUAUGGAAUUGGUACAUUCAAGCAAUGGUACCACGCAGAGAGGGGCAGAUUAUGGGCGCAUGCAAGAUGGUAAACCAAAGCGCAUGAAAUCCUCUAAGAAAGGAGAGCAAAAGACUGCUCAUGUUGUUCCUUCUCAUUUUAUGCAGACUGAUGUUACCAAUGUCAAGGGCGAAACGCUAAUAUUUUCGAACAUGAUGUUUUACUUUGUUAAUACACCUCCAACCCAUUCUCUUGAUUCCUUGCAUAAAUUGGUGGUUGAGAAUGGAGGAACCUUCUCAAUGAAUCUGAAUAAUUCAGUUACACAUUGUGUUGCAGCUCAAAGUAAAGGUAUCAAAUAUCAGGCAGCAAAGCUUCGUGGAGAUAUUAUUCAUUGUUCUUGGGUCUUUGACUGUUGUUCACAGAAAAAGCUCCUUCCUUUACAGCCAAAGUACUUUCUCUUCCUUUCUGAACAUUCAAAGAAGAAGUUACAAGAGGAGAUUGACAAAUUUUCUGACUCCUACUACCAGGAUCUUGACAUUUCAGACAUCAAGCAGCUUUUAAGCAAUGUGGAUAGGUCAGACAACUCCAAAACUAUUGAUUACUACAAGAACAAAUAUUGUCCAAAGGAAAAGUGGUCGCGCUUUCAUGAUUGCUGCAUUUGCUUCCACUCCUCAAUACAGUCUUCUAAUUCGGAUUGGGAACUUCUGUCAAAACUUGUGCUGAGGAGGAUGAAGCUUGAAGUUUCCAUGGGUGGUGGUAAAGUUGGCAAUAAUCUUUCUCAGGCCACCCAUUUAGUGGUCUUUUCAGUACCAGGAUUUGAUUUGGACUUCAGUGACAUAAUGGAAAGUUUCUCACCAGCAGAGAAACAUCUUCUAUGUAAUAAAAAGUUGCAUGUUGUUGGGUAUCAAUGGUUAGAAGGCUGCUUGGAGGAAGGCCGGAGGUUGCAAGAACAGAAAUAUAGCCUGAAACCUGAGGGCUUGGAAGAGUCAAACUUUGGAGAAUGCAAACAUGAUAUAGAUGUAGAAGCCCCUUCUGUUUUGGACAGUGUGGAGAACCAAAAUUUGCUGUCUUUUCCAGACAAAGAAGGGAAACAAGGUAGGGGAAAAGCUCCUCCAGAAAGCAUUAGUAUCUUGGCCUUGCCCAAGAGGGAAGAGAAAAGGAAAAGAGGAAGGCCUGCUGGCCCAAGCACAAAGAAAGGAAAAGCAGGUUUCAGCCAAGCUCGAAGGACACGGCCCCGGAUUGGAAAGCCACCUAAGAUAUAUGAAAACGAAUCAGAUGCAAGUGAUUCAGGUGAAAAAAUGGAAGAGGAAGGGACCAAAAUGGGAGGGAAUCAUGCAAUCCAUGGAGUGGAAUGCAAGGAAUGUCCAGAAAUCCAAGAGACUGAAAUAGUAGAAGAUUCUGAAUCAUCACAAAGAGGAAAGACAGAAGAAAAGGAGGUUGCACUGGAUAAUGUACGUGAAAAAUGGUUAGAUAGAGUACAGGACAUUGAACUGGAUAGUGAAAAUAAGGUUGACAACAGUAAAAAGACUGAGAAGCUGGAAGUUAUGGUUGAUCCAGUUCAAGCCAUGCUACUAGACAUGAUACCGAGCCUUGGAGCGAAAAAGGCGGAAAGUACAAAUCCUAUUAUUGAUGAUGAGAAGCCUCCAGUAGAGCAGGGUGCAGAACCUGUGAAGAAAAAGAAAGUCAGCUACAAGGAUGUCGCUGGAGCACUGCUGAAGGAUUGGUGAAAUUGUCAGAAUCAUACUGGAUUGUAAUAUGUUGUCAAUUCUAUAUGAACGUUUCCUGUAAGAGAUAAUAGCUCUGUAUAUAUUACUACUCGGUCCCGUAUAUUCUCUCAGUGUCCCACUUCCUGUCCUGAGCUUCAGUACCAUGCAACUAGUUCAAUCCCCAGAAACUGGGUUCUCUUACAUGAAUCCGCAGAAAUGUUGUGUUUUUCACUGAUGCAAAUAGAGGCAUGAAAUUUUUUUUGACAA